AUGGAUUUUCAGAAGAACAGGGUUCGGUUUCUUGUAAUUGUCUCUUCCAUCAUUGUUCUUAGCAUCACAGCUGAAAAAUGCAGGGAGCUUGUUGGCGAGAAAGCGUCAUCCAAAAGUGGACAGUUUACAUUCUUAAAUUGUUUUGAUUUGGGCUCUGGAACUUUAGCAUGUGGAGUCAAGGAAAGUGUGAAGCUCUAUGUCAACAAUAUUAGAUCCGCUCAUGUUGAAGGAGCAAGGCACGACGCAAUCCGAUCUGCUCUUGUUGAUGCUGCUUCGCAGAGUAUGUCACCGGCUCAUUCAGAAAAAUAUGCUCAGAAACAAGGUAAAAAAGCGGCGAAAUUGGCUGCACGUAAGGCCAACCGGAUCAUAGGUCCCAUCAUCUCCUCCGGAUGGGACUUUUUCGAAGCUGUUUACUACGGUGGUACCUUUACAGAGGGAUUCCUCAGGGGAACCGGUACUUUGUUUGGAACUUAUAGUGGAGGAUUCAUGGGUGAGCAAAGACUUGGACGAUUUGGUUAUCUUAUUGGAAGUCAAUUGGGAAGUUGGGUUGGUGGUAGAAUAGGGCUCAUGCUAUAUGAUGUGGCUAAUGGAGUGCAUUUCAUGUUUCAGUUUGUUCAAACAGAUUAG